AUGCCUGUAUCAACAAAUGAAAUAUGGCUGAAUACUGCUGAAGGUUUUUAUAAGAAUGCAAACUUUCCAAACUGCUUAGGAGCAGUGGACGGAAAGCACAUUCGUAUAAUAAGUCCACAACUUAGUGGAACAGACUUUUUUAAUUAUAAAAAGUUUUUUUCAAUCGUACUUAUGGUGUUGGUUGAUUCUAAUUAUUGUUUCCUGACAGUGGAUGUAGGUGCAUAUGGUCGAGAAGGAGAUAGUAAUAUAUUUAAAAGAUCUCCCCUAGGACAACAAUUAUACGCCAAUAAAUUGAAUGUACCCGGAGUUAAAAAGCUACCAAACGACGACCACGGUCAAGAACAACCCUUCGUAAUUGUUGGUGAUGAAGCGUUUGGUCUACACCAAAACCUAUUGAGGCCAUAUCCUAGAAAAAACGUGGAUGUCUAG